AUGGCAGUGACCUUCAGCUGGAUAACUGAGUCCGUCCGGGAGAUUUUACAGAUCUCCGGGCUGUCUCUGCAGUCUUUUCUCGUCUUCUGUGUGGCCUUUAUCUUUGCAUGUUUCCUCUUGAAGCGCCGCGGAAACCUCCCUCCCUACCCGGCAGGACGCGUGCCUGUUCUCGGGCACCUCCUCGCCUUGGGCCGAGCGCCUCACCUCAAGCUGACGGCGUGGAGGCGGCAGUACGGGGACGUCUUCACCGUCAGGAUGGGGAUGGAAGACGUGGUGGUUCUGAACGGCUACACUGUCGUCAAGGACGCGCUGGUUACCAGGUCCGACCUGUUCGCGUCCAGGCCGCCAAAUCACCUGUUUGAUGCGAUGGUUGAUUGUGGAAAAGACAUAAGUGCUGGACGUUGGGGGACCAGCUUUAAACAGAGAAAGCGGUUCGCCACCACCGUUCUGAAGACCCUGGGCAUGAAGAUCGGAGCUGGCAGCAUGGAGGAGAAAACACAAGAGGAGGCAAGCAGUCUCCGCAACAGGAUUGCAGAAUACAAUGAAGAGCCCUUUGACAUCACCCAUGACGUGACCGCAGCGGUUGCAAACGUCAUCUGUUCCUUAGUGAUGGGGACGCGUUACGACUGCAGGGACGAGACGUUCCGGAAACUGUCAGAGGCGGUGGCCAAGACCGUUGCUGAAAAUGGGGCUGGGCAGAUCAUCAGCGUGUUCCCCCUGCUACGGUUUGUUCCUAUCGUAAAUAGAGCUGGCAUCAAUGCGUUGGAAGAGGUCUCCAAGGUCCAAAAAGUGUUACGAGAGGAGAUAUCUCGCCAUCGCGAAAACCUGGAUCGCAAAAAUCCGCGAGAUUUCUUUGACUUCUGCCUGCUGGAGGUUGAGAAGCAGGAGAAGGUGGAGGGUCUGACAGAGGAGCACGUCUUGUACAUUGCCCAGGAUGUCUUCUUUGCAGGAAUAGACACAACCAGCAACACACUACUGUGGGGUCUUCUCUACAUGGCUUUGAACUACGACAUACAAAAUAAGGUGCAGCAGGAGCUUGAUGCCAUUGUUGGUGAGAGUCUGCUCACCCUGUCCCACCGUUCCCAGCUGCCCUACGUGAACGCCUGUCUGCUGGAGGUCAUGAGGAUCCGGACCAUUAUACCUUUUGCGCUCCCCCACACCACCACAGAGACGGUCAAAGUACGGGAAUAUGACAUCCCUAAGGGAACCCAGGUACUGCCGAACCUGUACUCCCUUCAUAUGGACCCCGUCUACUGGCCUGAUCCGGACCGGUUUGACCCCGAAAGGUUUCUGGACGCGGAAGGGAACGUCAUCAACAAGCCUGAGUCCUUCAUGCCUUUUGGAGGAGGCCGACGCACAUGCCUUGCGGAGCAGCUGGCCAGGAUGGAGCUUUUCCUGUUCUUCUCGACCCUGCUGCAGUCCUUCACCUUCAGGACGCCAGAGGGCGCUCCUCCUCCAAACACGGACGGCGUCUUUGGUCUGACGUUGCCGCCACAUCCGUUUAAACUCUGUGCGAUUCCGCGUUAA